AUGAAUCCUCUCCCCCAGUCACAGUUUGUCCCCCUGGCUGAAGCUCUUUGCUGCACCGUAUCGCAGAUGAACGCGAAUCACGUGAAGGCUACGCAGGAAACGCUGACAGAGCAACUCGUGAAAAGCUAUCCAGGCAUUGCUGUUCCCUCCCACGAAACUGUGUAUCMCACCCUCAGCACUCUAAUUAAAGACAGGAAGAUCUAUCACACGGGAGAGGGCUACUUCACAGUCACCCCUAGCACCUACUUCAUCAGCCAUAACACCACCGAAGCCACAAAAAGGGGCCCACUGGAGGGCAGUUGCUGCUCAUCACGCUCCAUCACUUACCUUGUCACCAUAGAGCGCUGUGCAGACCUAACCAAGGAAAACAUUCCUACACUAUCCCGCUACAGAUCCUGCCGUUGUUUUCCUGACAGGAAUACGCUCCAUGAACAAAGACAUCAGCAGCUUCGGAGGUCUGAACCUAAUGRGGGAGGUAAGAAUGGCUGCAAGGAACUGAAGUCUUCAAUUCAAGACGAAAUGGUGUCAGCGUGUGGUGAAACCCAUUCCUGGGACACCAUCAAACUCCUGGUAUCAGCGAAAGAAAAACUGAAAUGUAAAAGAUUUGGCCUUGGCCUUUUUUGCAGGAAAAAAGGCAGGAAAGAGUAUUCCACCUUCUCAGCCCAGUUUCCUCCCAAGGAGUGGCCAGUGAGGGACGAAGAUGACCUGGAUAAUAUUCCACGUGAUAUCGAGCAUGAAAUCAUCAAGCGCAUCAACCCCAUGCUAACAGUUGAGAAUCUGAUUAAACACACGGUACUGAUGCAGAGGCUGGAGGAGCAGAAAACGUGUUUUAGCAAAGGGACCUUGGCUGAACCGUUAGCACUCAGGCAAAAUCAUCUCGCAAAGGAGCCCGCGCAGAAGGCACAAAGUAAAGCAGCAGGGCAUGGCAGGAAAAGCAAACCAAGCAAGGAGAAGCCAGUUAGCAGAAGCAAGAGGAAAUCUCAAAUACAAGGGCUAACAUCGCACAGUGAGAAACCAGAGGAGCAUCUGUCACUGUAUGAUACAAACCCAAAGCUGUUUSACACAGCUGCGGCCUCCCAGGGCAUGUAUAAAAAGCAAAUUAAGAACCCGUUUCAGGGCCUGUCGUGGAGACACGACUUGAACGUGAAGGGGAACGAAGGUCAGACUAAGAGUCAGCCCAAGCCCAGGGCUCGAAAGCAACAAAGGAGGUCUCUGGAUUCCUCAAAAACCUUUGGAUGUGAAGCUGAACUGGYUGCUGAAAAGCAGGCUGACAAAGCCAAGCCAAAUAAAUUGCUCCAUGUUAAUAGAUCUUCUCUCCAACUGAGCAAAGACAGCUUAAGCGAAGAAGGUCGUCAUCUGCAAGGCAGCACUUUGCAAACAGAUGACAAAUGUAAAUACUUUAUGGAGAGCAGGAUUUCUGAAGGCAGCAUCUGCAGACAAACAGCCCCAAAAAAGCCUGUGGCUGCUCAAAAAUCCCCUCGUCGUUACACUGAAGACGAUGUUGUGUGCAAAGGAGAUGCAAAAUACUCAUUAAAUGCAAAAGAUGAGCACUCCAAGUACAAAGCUCACUCUGCAUGUAAAUUGCUAGAUCAAACAUCAAACACGUUUCAAAAUGUCAGCCUUUCAAAUUAUACAACCCGUGCUAACCUGCUACACGAAAACAGUGUGAAAUACAGACAAAAGACUGAUAAAAGGAAGGAAUUUGUAUCUGAAUCCGACUGUAGGAACCGGUCUGGAUCAGUGAAGCUGGGAGGUGAGGGACUUGCCCAUGACUGCCACCUGGUGCACCAAAAAGCUCGUGAUGGCAACACGUGUGGCUCCUUGUGUGUGGGUGACMAUUUUGAGCGCGGUGAGGCAGGGCACUUGCACCCUGGCUGUGCUUUUUCAGGUGCAAAGGGCUGCCGUAGGGCCGUGCAAAAGGCACAAAAGACACCUAUGUGUGUGGAAAACGUGAUGGUUAAUGUUCAUCCAGCCCAGCAUUGCCCCGCUGUAAGCCAAUGUGACUCCCGAGAGCACCAAUACGAGCAAUGUUCUAGUCUCGCUGAACCAAGAGAUGGCCCAAAAGUGCACGAGGAAACAGGUAUCACUAAAAGCUGUCCCUGCAGCCCAGUGCUUCUGACGAGGCACAGAAAGGAAGAGGAAACUGGUCUCCGUGCAUGUGUGAAGGCUUCAGCUGUUACAGACUUCUGCAAGGUUCCUGGCGCUUUGCAGAGCUGCAGCUGCGAGAUGGGAGAAGAGCUGGAGUGCUCUGCCCUGGGCCCGCAGGCCAAAGAAAGGAGAAACUCCGUGGUGAAAAACGGUCGCUGUCUUAACAGUGCUUGUGCUGUGAUUGCAGGGCAGAAUCACUCGGAAGGAACAGAAAAUUACAGCAUUACYGGAGACAGCGGUAUUGACUCCCCAAGAACACUGAGUCUGACACCUAAUAAUUCUGCUAUCUUAGAUGGAAUGAAAAGACAAAGCUUCCUGCAAAAUUUUGAGUUGACCGAGGAACAGAAGGAAGGGGCUUUCUCCAAUUUUUCUAUUUCCAAAGGGACCAUUCAGCUGCUUCAGGCUCGAGGAGUGACGUACCUGUUCCCCGUGCAAGUAAAGACCUUCCACCCGGUGUAUUCRGGCAAGGAUGUCAUUGCUCAGGCACGAACUGGAACGGGGAAAACGUUCUCCUUUGCUAUUCCCUUAAUUGAAAAGCUGCAGGCGGACACCCAGGAAAGAAGAAGAGGCCGUUCACCAAAGGUAUUAGUUCUUGCUCCAACAAGAGAGCUGGCAAACCAGGUUGCCAAAGACUUCAAGGACAUCACAAGAAAACUCACAGUAGCCUGUUUUUAUGGAGGAACUCCAUAUAAUGGGCAAAUCGAUCUCAUCAGAAGUGGCAUUGAUAUUUUGGUGGGCACGCCUGGUCGAAUCAAAGACCACCUUCAGAAUGGCAAGCUGGACCUUAGCAAGGUGAAACACGUGGUCCUGGAUGAAGUCGACCAGAUGCUGGACAUGGGGUUUGCCGAGCAAGUGGAGGACAUAUUACGAGUUGCGUACAAGAAGGAUUCUGAAGACAAUCCCCAGACGCUACUGUUUUCUGCAACUUGCCCACAUUGGGUGUAUGACGUAGCWAAGAAAUACAUGAAGUCCAAAUACGAGCAGAUUGACCUUAUUGGGAGAAGAACUCAGAAGGCUGCUACAACAGUAGAACAUUUGGCCAUAGAGUGUCACUGGUCUCAGAGAGCUGCGGUUAUUGGGGAUGUCAUUCAGGUCUACAGCGGCAGCCACGGGCGGACCAUCGUCUUUUGUGAGACCAAGAAGGAGGCAAAUGAGCUGGCUCUGAAUGCUUCCAUCAAGCAGGACUGCCAGUCGUUGCACGGAGACAUUCCUCAGAAGCAAAGGGAGAUAACACUGAAGGGUUUUAGAAAUGGUGCAUUUAAGGUCCUGGUGGCGACAAAUGUGGCUGCCCGUGGUUUGGACAUCCCCGAAGUUGACCUGGUUGUGCAAGGGUCGCCCCCAAAGGAUGUGGAAUCCUACAUCCAUCGUUCCGGACGUACAGGCCGAGCUGGCCGAACUGGGAUCUGCAUUUGUUUUUAUCAGCGAAAGGAAGAAAACCAGUUAAGAUACGUGGAGCAAAAAGCGGGCAUUACAUUUAAGCGUGUUGGCGUUCCUACUGCUACAGAUAUAAUAAAAGCUUCCAGCAAAGAUGCCAUCAGGUGUCUGGACUCAGUUCCUCAGACUGCUAUUGAGUACUUCAAGGAGUCUGCUCGGUGGCUGAUACAGGAGAAGGGGCCUGUGAACGCCCUGGCUGCAGCUCUCGCCCACAUUUCAGGCGCUACUUCCAUUGAGCAGCGCUCCCUGCUCAACUCGGAUGCUGGGUUUGUUACGAUGAUACUACGCUGCUCUGAAGAAAUAAACAACAUGAGUUAUGCGUGGCGAAGUCUGCGAGAGCAGCUGGGGGACGAUAUUGACAGGAAGGUCAGCAGAAUGUGCUUCAUCAAGGGAAGAAUGGGUGUGUGCUUCGAUAUUCCUGCAGCAGACCAAAAGGAAAUAGAGGGCCGGUGGGAGGACUCGAAGCAGUGGCGYCUGUGUGUGGCCACCGAGCUGCCCGAGCUGCUGGAGGCGCCGCGAGGAGGAGGAGGAGGCGGUGGCGGCGGCGGCCGGGGCUUCUCCAGCUCCCGCAACGGGCGGCGCGGAGGCUCCGGCAGGAACCGCUUCCGAAGCCGCGGCCAGAAACGAAGUUUUGACAGAGCCUUUGAUCGCUAGCGGUGGGAGCAGAACACCGGGACUCAUGUAUUUUAUACCACCCUCCACUAGGCUGUUCCUCUGUGUUUGUACCACUUUGGAAAAAAAGAAAUCUGUCAACUC